CUCAUCUGCAGUCUGCCGGGGUUUCAGACAACUUUCGAUGAAAACCCGCCAAUAAUUCAGACUACAAUACAAGAUUUACGAAUUCAAGAUCUGGAACAGUCUACAGAGGCAAAGUGCUGUAUUGUUCACUCGGUAAUCGGCAGUUUCCCCAUUGAUCUGACGGCAGUCUCUGUCGUACCGGUGGCCUGCGCAGUCCUUCAAUGUCUCCUCAAACGAACGAACCCAAAAUUAAGAAACGCAGGAUUGCUGGUGCUUGCGACACCUGCAAAAAGCGCAAAAUUCGAUGUGACAGUGGGCAGCAGCCGGGAAACAAAUGCACGAACUGUCUCAGCGCGGGGCUGGAGUGUACGCACGCAGAGAUUAUGAAGACCCUGGGAUCUGCCAAAGGAUAUGUCGAAAGCCUGGAGAACCGACUCGAGAAGAUGGAAAGCCUGCUCAAUAAGCUCCUUCCGGGGAUCGACUUCACGGAGCAAUUCGAUAAGGAAGAGGAUCCGGCGGCCGUUGAAGAGGCCAGUAGCCUUCCACGAAAUGACGCAGAUCAUCUCUUGGGAGCGAUUCAGAAGCUGACGCUGAAUCCAGAGGAGCACCGGUUUUUCGGGAAAUCGAGUGGCAUACAAUUUGUGCAAACGGCCCUCAACUUCAGAAGUCAUGUCGUGGGCGGCACUCCUCCCAUGAUCACUUGCCCGAUGCCCAAACGAAGAAAACAGUACUGGGAGCCAGUUAAAUGGCUGUUACCUCGCCCAGACGAAGAGGAUAACCCUCAAUACACGUUUCCUGAUGCAGAUCUGCUCCCUGUGCUCAUCGAGUUGUACUUUACUCACGUGAAUUGUUUUUAUCCCACCCUCCACCGACCGACCUUCGAGAGGAAAGCCAAGGACAACUUACAUAUGCGCGACCACCGGUUCGCUGCGACGUUGCUCAUGGUCUGUUCUUUAGGAGCUCGUCAUUCGGAAGAUCCGCGUGUCUGUUUGGAAGGGGUGCCUAGCAUGCAAUCCGCAGGAUGGAAAUGGCAUAGCCAAGUUCAAGUCAUCCCCAAACAUCUCGUGUACAAGCCAAAUCUCUAUGAACUCCAGACGAUUGCUCUCUCCUCCAUAUUUCUUGCGGCUAUCUCGCCUGUUGCGUGGAAUCAGAUUGGUUUUGGAUUGAGAAGAGCUCAGGAUGUCGGAGCCCAUCGAAGGAUGAAGUUGGAUCACCCUACAGCCGAUAAUGAACAGUGGAAGCGAGUCUUCUGGGUGCUUCUUUGUCUAGAGUGGUUAGCAGGGACCUUGGCUGGCCGGCCCUUGGCAAUGCACGAACAGGAUUAUGACCAAGAGCUUCCCGUCGACUGCGACGACGAGUGCUGGGAUCGCCCCGCGCCGCUGAGUUUUCGACAGCCAGCAGGCAAGCCUUCUGAGAUCAGUUUCUUCAUCUGCUACGCCAAACUUUUCGAAAUCCAAGCCGCUGUUACGAGUACGAUCUAUUCACCUCGAAAAGCGCGGGAUCUUUCUGGUCGAGCUCUGCCUCCUGUGUCGGAUGCCCAGAACAUUGUCGCCUUCGAUUCUGCACUCAAUUCGUGGAUUCUUGAGAUCCCUGAUCAUUUGACGUGGGAUCCCGAGCGCAAAAAUGUUCUGCAUCUGAAUCAAUCUGCGCUACUUCAUUGCGGAUACUAUCUUGUGCAGAUCAUGGUUCACCGGCCGUACAUACCCGCGCCGCUGGAGACUGCGCGACCUGGUGCAUUGCCUUCACUUGCCAUAUGCACCAAUGCUGCUCGGUCAUGUGCCAGAAUCAUUCACACUCAGAACCAACUUGGUCUCGAGCCUAAUCACAACAUGCUCGCCGCCGCGUUCACUUCUGCAAUCGUGCUGUUGCUGCAUACUUGGAGCGGCAAACGCUCUGGUUUUGCAUAUGAUCCCGAGAAGGAGAUGGAAGACGUCUUCAAGUGCAUGGCUGCGCUUGCUAAUGCAGAGGCCAGAUACCAAGCAGCAGGUCGCUUCCAUGACAUUCUCGAGAGACUGAUUUCUGUAGGAGACAUGAGUGAGUGGUCCAAGCGAUAUGUUGAAGCAACGGCACCCGCUCGAUUCCAGCACGGGUCAGCGUCCGAGUGUACCAGCUCUGAGCCCACUGUAUGGCCUGCGCAAGUCCCUGCAGAAAGCAGUGGAUUUUAUGGUGCAAAUUCCUCCAGCUACGCAUUUCUGCCGAAUUCCCAUGGCGAAACUGGGCCUGCAACCUCCUAUCAUCUUCCUCUCGACGCGGAGAACCUGUUCCAGAUGCCUGGCAACCCCGAUAUGAAUGCAGAUGCCGACAUCAUGUCAAUGUGGUCAGCAGCACCGUCCGGGUUUGAAUUGGCCGAUUGGGAGUCCUACAUCAUGAACGAUCCUGGUGCAAACAAUCCCUUCCUCAAUUUUAAUAAUCAGUUUGCACCCCCCUCCCACUCCCUCCCAUCAAAGUCUGUCUAAUUUCGCCGUGCGCCGAAUCGGUCUCAAAAUUAUGAGGAAGGACUCCCCUCUGAAGGUGCUCUUCCAGUAGAUUUCCCGACCAUCAGCAUGUUCAGACUGGGCCGGAUCAUGAGUCAUCGUAGUGAACAUUUAGGCAUAAGUAUAACCAGUGCAUGGACAUAUUUAGAGUCGUGAACAUGACCACUUGGCCUCCAA